AUGGGGGUAGAACGGUUGGGCAACCAACCCAAGUUUAUGGGAGCAUCGUUACGGAGUAUUACUUUGGUCACUGUACGAGUCCUCGGCCUGGAAAAACCAAAAUCAACGGUACACAAGCAAGAGCUAAUGAGGAGGCAGUUGACGAUUCAAUUUUCCGCGUUCAUCUUGCUCCUACAUUAUUCCCGUGUUAUGCCACCGCCCGAUGGCCAUCGUUACCUCCCUUCGACCGCCGUCUUCUUAGUCGAAGCAUUGAAACUUGCAGUGUGCCUCACGAUAUCCCUUUACGAAAUUUCUCUCACUGUCCCGCGAUCCAUGCCGGCGACCUCUCUUCUUAGCGCGUUGGGAAACGCCAUAUUUUCUGGUGACAGUUGGAAAAUGGCCGUGCCAGCCAGUCUAUAUACAUUGGCGAAUAGUCUUCAAUACGUCGGUAUUUCCAACCUGGACGCGGCGACCUUUCACGUCACAUACCAGUUCAAGAUCUUCGUGACAGCCCUCUUCAGUGUCAUGCUCCUGCGAAGGCCGAUCUCGGGAAGACAAUGGAUUUCUCUUAUCCUGCUAAUGGUGGGGGUUGCAAUAGUUUCUCUGCCUCAGGACUCGUCCGCAACUCUGGCAUCGAGUCAUCAUGCUAGAGUCUACGUACCGAGAUCCUCCAACCCCUUGCGAGAACAUUUUCGAAUGGCAGAGCCUGGCUCUCAUCUCCGAAAGAGAUCGGCCACAUAUGAAGGUAUCGCUGAAGACGAGCUGGCCUUGGAUACACCGGGCAUGGAUGCUUCUGCCGGACUCCUCGCGGUGUUCGGAGUGUGUGUCUGCUCUGGGCUCGCUGGGGUCUAUUUCGAGAAAGUCAUUAAGGAAUCACCGAAGAGCACGUCUCUCUGGAUCCGAAACGUACAGCUAUCAGUCUAUUCUCUGUUUCCAGCAUUCUUCAUCGGCAUCAUCUUCCUUGACGGCGAGACGGUCGCCAAGUAUGGGUUUUUUGCUGGGUAUAAUUGGAUCGUCGUCUUGUCAAUCGUCAUCCAAACGUUCGGCGCCAUUGUGGCCGCAUUCUGCAUCUUCUAUGCAGAUAACAUCUCCAAAAAUUUUGCAGUCAGCAUCAGUAUGGUUCUCAGCAGCUUGGCGAGCUUCAUCUUCUUUGAUUUCACUGCAACAAGACAUUUCCUGCUCGGGGCGUCAGUAGUGCUUUUAGCCACGUGGCUAUACAACACUGAGGAGGCCCGGACUCAACGUCCUCCAUCAAUUAAAAUAUCCGGUGAUGAAAAACCACUGCCAUACACUACAGAUGUGAAUGAUAUGUCCAUUCAAAUACCAAAGACACCACUCAGCCAUGAGGAGACCGCGCUGGCCACAUCAAGGCCGGGAUCUCCGAGUCACAAGAAGCGGAAGAACGACUCCAUUGGCUAUUUCAUGGAGCAUCACGAUUGA